AUGGAUUCCAAAGAACUGGAUAUCGAGACCAUUAAACCGGCCCUCAAAACAGAUGAAGAGGUUAGCGAAGGCCAAUUGGACAAAUUCGAGCUAGAAAAGAAUGAUGAAAUAAUAAAUGAAGAGUUUGGCUAUGAAUCGCAUCGCUCUCCAUUCCCAGAAGGCGAGGCUGUGGUUCCGGAGACAGAUGACCCCAGUAUGCCGGUGAACACCGUGCGAAUGUGGCUCCUGGGCAUAGUAUUCACCAUGCUAGGAUCUGGUAUCAACCAGUUCUUCUCGCUGCGUUAUCCGUCCGUUCAUAUCGUCGCUCUCGUCGCAGAGCUACUUGCUUAUCCGCUCGGCGUGUUUCUCGCAAAAACCCUCCCUCUCACAUCUAUUCGGCUCGGCCGUUUGGGAACAUUUGUGGUCAACCCUGACAGAUCGUUCAACAUCAAAGAACAUGCUCUGAUCGUUAUCAUGAGCAAUGUUUCUUUUGGAUAUGCUACAGCAGAUGCAACGAACAUCAUCCAGGCGGCCAGCAAAAACUUCUAUAACUUCGAUCUCAAGCCCGGCUUCUACGUGCUCAUUGUGCUUGUUGCGCAACUCCUCGGAUUUGGUGUCGCAGGUCUCGCAGCCCCAUGGCUCGUCGAACCAGCUCGCAUCAUCUGGCCCGGCGUGCUAUCCAACUGCGCCAUGCUAGAAACCUUGCAUUCGCGCGCGAAUCGCAUUGCAGAUGGCUGGCGUAUGUCCCGUCUCCGCUUUUUUAUGUACGUCAUGACAGGUGCUUUUGUCUGGUACUUCUUCCCCGGUCUCAUGUUCACCGCGUUAUCCUACUUUACCUGGGUCUGCUGGAUCGCACCCAAGAAUGUCAUCGUCAACCAUCUUUUCGGAAUGCAGACCGGUCUCGGUCUGAGUCCAAUCACUUUCGAUUGGAGCCAAAUCGCCUAUAACACAAAUCCUCUACUUUCGCCGGCGUGGGCGGCGGCCAAUGUCUUUGCUGGCUUUGCAUUUUUCUACUGGAUCGUCACACCUGCCCUCUACUACACCAAUACCUGGUUUACGGCUUAUCUUCCUUUGAUGACGGCCGACGUUUACGACAAUACAGGUGCCCUCUAUGAUACUGCUCGAGUCAUUUCUGCAGAUAACUCGCUAGACACCGUAGCGUACCAGAAGUACUCACCUCCAUACUUGAGCGCGACCUUUGCUUUUGUGUACGGACUUUCUUUUGCUGCUAUUACCUCUGUACUGUCGCAUAUUGGAAUUUGGCAUGGUCGCGACCUCUGGGCGGCUCUCAAAGGCCGCAAUAAACUCGAUAUUCAUGCUCGGCUCAUCCGUGCCUCAUACCGCCGGACCCCCUGGUAUUGGUACGCUGGUAUCAUCGUGGUUAUUAUGGCGAUGGCAAUCGCGACGGUUGAAGUCUACGAGACCAAACUCCCCGUCUACGGAGUUUUUAUCGCUCUGAUAAUUCCAGUCAUCUACAUGGUACCAUGCGGUAUCGUGCAAGGCAUCACGAACGUGGAUGCAAACCAGUUGAACGUUCUCGCUGAGUUUAUCGGCGGAUACAUGUUCGAGGGCAAGCCACUGGCCAACAUGAUCUUCAAGAUCAUUUCUACGGAUGUCGUAGGACAGGGCGUUUACUUCGCUAUGGAUAUGAAGCUGGCUCACUAUCUCAAAGUACCACCACGCACCUGUUUUAUGGCCCAGUUUGUGGCUACUAUCCUAGGAGCACUCACCCAAACGGGUGUUACGCUGUGGAUGCUUGGCAAUAUUUCGGGGAUCUGCGAAUCUGACCAAUCCGAUGGCUUCUCUUGUCCUAAUGGCCGUACUGUCUAUUCAUCCUCUGUUAUCUGGGGUCUUGUUGGCCCUCGUCGGCUAUACUCCAUUGGACAAAUCUAUUCCCCACUGCUGCAUUUCUUCUGGAUCGGUGCUCUUGCUCCCGUGGUGACGUUCCUCCUCUACCGGUAUACGAGACGCCAGUUUUGGAAGUUUAUCAACUGGCCUCUUAUUUUCGUUGGCACUUACAAUGUCCCGCCUGCUACUGGAAUCAACUAUUCAAGCUGGGCGCUGGUCAACUUCGUGUUCAAUCAUUUCAUUAAGCGCCGGUUCUUCGCUUGGUGGACCAAGUACAAUUAUGUUCUGGCGGCCGCACUUGAUACAGGCCUUGCUCUCAGUGGCAUUGUUAUCUUCUUUUGUAUCUCGUAUCCUGGUGCCACUUUCCCUGACUGGUGGGGAAACAACGUGUAUCUGAAUACUGCAGAUGCACAGGGUGUAGCCUAUAAAGCUAUGCCAUCUGUUGGUUACUUUGGGCCUGCCAACGGAACAUGGACUUGA